GAAGGCUCGACGGCGGAAGCGGCGGCGGCGGCGGCGGCGGGGCCGGCAGGUCGCCGGCGACGCAGGAUGGUGCUGGCGCUGGUGCUCUGGGCCUGCCUGGUGCUGGGCACAGUCGGUGGGGAAGGCCCGGCACCAGAGCCCCUGGUGGGCGGCCAGCCCUUCACUGUGGUGUGGAACAUCCCCACCGGCCGCUGCCAGCGCCGCUUUGGCGUGGGGCUGCCCCUCGGUGACUACGGCAUCGUGGAGAACCAGGAUGGCCGCUUCGCCGGCCAGAACAUCACCAUCUUCUACAAGAACAAGUUUGGGCUGUACCCCUACCUGUCACGGCAGGGCGUCCCCCGCAACGGGGGCAUCCCCCAGCGGGUCCCGCUCAGUGCCCACCUCGCCAGGGUGGCCGGGGACAUCCGCCUCCUCCUGCAACACGCUUUCCGCGGCCUGGCCGUGGUGGACUGGGAGGAGUGGAGGCCCCUCUGGGCCCAGAACUGGGGGGCCAAGCGGAUCUACCGGGUGGCCUCGGAGCAGUGGGUGCGGGACCGGCACGGCCUCCUGCCGGCACGGCGGCGGCUCCGGCUGGCCCGGUGGGAGUUCGAGCAGGCUGCGCAGACUCUGAUGGAGGAGACCCUGCUGCUGGGACGGACCCUGCGCCCGAGGGGGCUCUGGGGUUUCUACCGCUUCCCCGACUGCCUCAACGGCAACUGGGCCAAGGAGGCCAACUACACCGGGCGGUGCCGGCCGGCGGAGGUGCGGCGCAACAACCGUCUGGGCUGGCUCUGGGCCGCCUCGGCAGCCCUCUACCCCAGCAUCUACCUGCCGCCGGCGCUGCCGCCCGCCCUGCGCCGCCGCUACGUGCACCACCGGCUGCGCGAGGCCCUGCGCGUGGCCGCCUUCGGGGCCGACGGCCUCCUGCCCGUGGUCGCCUACUCCCGCCUCUCCUUCCGCCGCUCACCCAGAUUCCUGGAGCUGGCUGACCUGGUGCACACCAUCGGGGAGAGCGCGGCGCUGGGUGCGGCCGGACUCGUGCUCUGGGGAGACCUGUCGUACUCCCGCUCGGCUGAGAGCUGUGCCAGCCUGCGCCACUACCUCACGUCCACCCUGGGUCCCUACGUGGCCAACGUGACGGCAGCAGCCCGGGAGUGCAGCUUCGGGCAGUGCCACGGGCACGGGCGCUGCGUGCGCCGGCAGCCCCACGACCUGGGCAGCCUCCUGCACCUUGGCCCCGGUGCCAGCCCGCUGGCCUCUUUCCGCUGCCACUGCUACCGCGGCUGGGCCGGUGAGGGCUGUGCCCGGCAGGUCCAAACCGGCCCUGCUGCCUCCUGCCUGGCACCCACCCACGCUCAUGGGCUCUACGGGCAGAACGAUCUCCUGCCCUCUGACACCUGCCUGCCACGGGGCACGUGGGGCUGGUGACCAGGGCCGGGGACCGCCAUGGUCCCCUACCCUAGCAGUGCUGCUGCCCGGCGCUUCCUAUGGUCUCAUUAACUUAAAUAAAUCCUCCUGACACAG